CGCUCCGGUCGCGGAUGGUGGGCGGGGCCACGUCGUGAAGCAUCAGUGCGUCAGUGGAGGGCCGCGUUUCCGGUCUGAGAAACCGUCGCGUUUCUGGGGAGACGUCUUAGCUGGCACUAACCACCGCAUCACAAGGCAGCCUCAGGACCGGCCACCUCCAUCACUGGCGUCGCCAUGGGGGCUGUGCUGGGUGUCUUCUCCCUCGCCAGCUGGGUUCCAUGCCUCUGCAGCGGUGCCUCAUGUUUGCUGUGUAGUUGCUGUCCUAACAGUAAGAAUUCCACGGUGACUCGCCUCAUUUAUGCUUUCAUUCUUAUCUUGAGCACUGCUGUAUCCUAUAUCAUGCAGAGAAGAGAGAUGGAACCUCACCUGAAGAAGAUUCCUGGAUUUUGUGAAGGGGGAUUUAAAAUCCAUGAGGCUGAUAGAAAUGUGGAUAAAGACUGUGAUGUGCUGGUUGGUUAUAAAGCUGUGUAUCGGAUCGGCUUUGCCAUGGCCAUCUUUUUCUUUGUCUUUUCUCUGCUGAUGAUAAAAGUGAAAACAAGUAAAGAUCCUCGAGCAGCAGUACACAAUGGGUUUUGGUUCUUCAAAAUUGCUGCCCUUAUUGGAAUCAUGGUUGGCUCUUUCUACAUCCCUGGGGGCUAUUUCAGCUCAGCCUGGUUUUUCGUUGGCAUGAUAGGGGCCGCUGCCUUCAUCCUUAUUCAGCUGGUGCUAUUGGUAGACUUUGCUCAUUCUUGGAAUGAAUCAUGGGUAAAUCGAAUGGAAGAAGGAAACCCAAGGUUGUGGUAUGCUGCUUUACUGUCUUUCACAAGCGCCUUUUAUAUCCUGUCAAUCAUCUGUGUCGGGCUCCUCUAUACGUACUACACCAAACCAGAUGGCUGCACAGAAAACAAGUUCUUCAUCAGUAUUAACCUGAUCCUUUGUGUUGUGGUUUCUAUUAUAUCAAUCCACCCAAAAAUUCAGGAACACCAGCCUCGCUCUGGCCUCUUGCAGUCCUCCAUCAUCACCCUCUACACUAUGUACCUCACUUGGUCAGCCAUGUCCAAUGAACCUGAUCGUUCCUGCAACCCCAGCCUGAUGAGCUUUAUUACACGCAUAACUGCACCAACCCUGGCUCCUGGAAAUUCAACUGCUGUGAUCCCUACCCCUAUUCCACCAUCAAAGAGUGGGUCUUUACUGGAUUCAGAUAAUGUUGUUGGACUGUUUGUCUUUGUUUGCUGCCUUGUGUAUUCUAGCAUCCGCACUUCCAGUAAUAGUCAAGUAGACAAGCUGACCCUGUCAGGGAGUGAUAGCGUGAUCCUUGGUGAUACAACUACCAAUGGUGCCAAUGAUGAAGAUGAUGGACAGCCUCGGCGGGCUGUGGACAAUGAGAAAGAGGGAGUGCAGUAUAGCUACUUCUUCUUCCACUUGAUGCUCUGCUUGGCUUCCUUGUACAUCAUGAUGACCCUGACUGGCUGGUACAGCCCUGAUGCAAAGUUUCAGAGCAUGACCAGCAAGUGGCCGGCUGUAUGGGUCAAGAUCAGCACCAGCUGGGUCUGCCUCCUGCUUUACGUCUGGACCCUUGUGGCUCCACUUGUCCUCACCAAUCGGGACUUUAGCUGAACGAACUUCUGAGUGCCAAGGACACCACUGCAACUCACAAAGGUCUCCUUCACUGAAAACUCACUUACCUUUUAAGUUUGCUUCAACUAAAAUAUUAAGUGAAUGCUUUGCAAAUUUGACUGUAUCCAGAUUUAUAUCAGAAGGCAAGAUUGAAAAAUGCUUGAUGCAGAAUCUAUACUUCUCAUUUAUCUGUACAUUAUGUUUACUUCUAAGGAUAUAGCACAAAGAAAAGUUUUUUGUUUAAAGUGAACUACAGCUGUGCUGUGAAGAGAGUUCUUUAUAAAGACUGUAGGUUCUUACAAUUUUGGUUUAAAGUGUAAGAUAGGAAAAUGUUGGAUAUUUGAGGCCAUGCUUAAUAUAUUUCUAUUGCAGUAUCCUUUAAAAGCAAAAAAAAAAAAAAAAAAUGCAUUUAUAUGACAGUUUUCCUCUGUGAAAGUCUUUACUUAUAUGAUACAAGUACUCUGUUUUGUGUUUAAAUUCUUUGGAGGGGUAGCAUCAAAGUUCUUGGGGAAGGAUUGUAUAUAUAGGUCCCUUCCCUAGAAGAAUGGUUGCUGAUACGGCUACUGCUUCUACAUCUUGAGGGUUUUUUUUUUUUUAAUUAAGAUGGGGUUUCACCAUGUUGGUCAGGCUGGUCUUGAACUCCCGACCUCAGGUGAUCCGCCCACCUUGGCCUCCAAAGUGCUUGGAUUACAGGUGUGAGCCACUGCGCCCGGCCGAGUUUUUUAAUUUACUUUUUUUACACUGUAGCAUUGAUGCUGCUUGAUUCAAGUCUGGUCCUUUGCCAGAUGUGUUAAUUUCAAUAAAUGCUUUGUGAGUUUGAUUAAAAUGAAGAUUCACUUGGGAAAACACUGCAACUUUAGUCUGUCAUUAUCUUGUUAUGAGUAUGUAAGAGUAAAAUGCAUGUGAAUUUAUUAUAUUUGCACUAUAAAGGUAUUUGAUUAAAAGAGAAAGACUUUUAAGAUUUUAAGGCCCUUUCUUCCAACAGCUUUUGUGAGUUAGCCAUUCUUUAUUUUCUGGAUGUCAGGUUUUAUCAGCUUCUAGUCAGGAUGCUCCUAUUCCUUCUAAAAUUACAGUCUAGUGUGUGAGCAAAGUCUUGAAUUUACUAAAAAGUUGUCCUAAAUAUCUCCUCUAAGUAAGAUAUUUGGUAAAUGAGAGACAGGGAAGGCAUUGUCAAGAAAUAUUUUCAUGAGAGGUGGUGUGCAAAAAGGUAGAAUAAAAGAGUUCUUUCAACAAAGAUUUACUGUCUGUUCUGUAUCAGGCCCUGUAGGCUUUGGGGUACAACAUUAAAUGUGAUAGAGGCCCUGCCAUCUUGGACUUUAAUAGUUUAGAGAAGAGUGCAAAUGAGCUGACGGAUUGUUGUAAUACGGUGAAUUUGUGCUGUGAUUUAGGAAUUAGAGUGAACUCAGAGGAGAGGUGUUUGGUGUCGUGGUAGGCUUUCUGGAGAAAGUGACGUUUAAACCAAGAACUGUUAGAAAUUAGCGAAGAGAGAAAUGGGAAGGUGAGAUGACAUUGUAGAGUAGAUAAAACUGCAUGGUAAAGGCAGGGGAGAUGGGGGAAACAAAGUUCAGUAAAGCUGGAAUGGGGAAAUGUAGACAGGGACUGAGUUAUAAAGGGCUUUAUAAACCUUGGGAAAGAGUUUGGACCUUAUGUUGAGGGCAGCUGAAAACACUGAUAGUGUCAUGAACAAAUUUUAUCUUCAGUUACUUGGGCUGAUAUAUAGAGAAUGGACUUUGAGAGAUGAGACCAGGAGCAGUCUAUAUGAGAUGCGAAAUAGAGAAGUGGAAUUGUAGGGACGGGAAGAAAUUGACAGGUGAGGGCUACUUAGCAAUUAGAAUUUUAACACUGGCAGUUAUGAAUAAUAUGAGGGAGAGGUAGAUUUUUGAGUGAUUCUGGUUUCACCAUCUGGGUGGAUAGCAGUUCCAUUUAUUCAGGUGGCAGAUAUAGGUGGUCUCUUGGGUAACGAGCAAAACUCCAUCUCAAAAAAAAAGAAAAAGAAUGGUUAAGAGGCUUGGGAGUCUCAAUAUUUAGGUUUGCAUCCCAGCUUUGCCAUUUUCUGGCUAUGAAACUGGUCAGCUAAUAUUUGUUGAGUACAUACUAUGCUUUAUGAUCUUGGGCAGCUGAGCCUCAGUGUUGGUGCCUAGUAUGUAAGACUGUUCAAAGAAUAAAGUUAUCUUGCAAAGUGUAAUUUUAGCACUGGCAGUAGCUGCUAAUCUCAUUAUGGGCUAAAAUAAAACAAUAUUCAAAGGUGAGAGACGUUUAGCCAGAAUCUGUUGGAGGCUGGAUUUCACAUGUUGCAGAAUUAAACACAGGAACACAGAGGGGACAGGCUCAGUUGGGGUGGAGGUAGUGGGUAGGGAAGCAGGACCUGAUAUCAAUUAUUGGAAUAAUUGUCUUUUAAACCAGUGGUUUAUGUCAGGGUAUAGCAUUGCAAGGGAUUUGAGGGACAGAUGGGGAAAUGUAGCCCCUUAUUUUGCCAGUGUAAAGCAGAUACCCCACUUUUCAUUACAGUAGGGGAGUCAGCUUAAGAGCUUUAAAGGUCCUAAACUUCAAAAACAUUACAGUGCCCAUCCUCCGCCUUAAUGUAAUUCAAAAUGCAAAUGAUACUAAAUGUAAAAUAAAUGCAACUAAGUCCAAUAAAGUUUUUAUUUUUUUCUCGUGA